GGCCGCUCGAGACGGGUUCCGUACAGGAGAAGGACGUUAGGGGGAAUUAUUUUGACCCGAGGUGGAUUUUAUUUGCCCUAAAAUCUGUGAAGCAAGCCUUGAAAUCGAUACAGGGGUGCAGUAAUAAAGUGCACACAGAAUAAAAUGGAGAUUUCUUCUUGAUCUUGCUUCUCGGUCGCCGGUUGUGGAGAAACAUUAUUUUUUCCGUGGAGGAAUUAACUUUAGCUGCUUGCGCUCUCUCUCUGUGUGCGUGUGUGUGUGAGAGAUUGUGUGUGUGUAUCUGUAUAUCUGUCUGUCUGUGUGUGUGUGACUGAAAGAGAGGAGUGUUUGUGCGUGCGCGCGUGUGUGUGAAAGAGAGAGAGAGAGUGUGUGUGCGUGCCAGUGGUGUGCGCGCGAGCGCACACACCGCGGCUUGUCGUGAGCCCGGGACUGAAAUGUGGUGCGCGUUUCUCGGAUACCCUCGAACUCUAGCCCGCUGAUUGGGAAGGCCUCAAAUGGGAAAAUCAAGCGUCGGGAGGGAAAUAUCAAGUUUAAUGGUGUAGAUGUAGCUUACAUUUUGGACGAAGGAUACCUCGGACUUCGCCACGAGAGCCCGUCUUUUUUUUUUUUUUUUUUACCCUCCCCUUCCUCCAUUCUCCCUUUUGGAUUUUAAUCACUCCGCUCUGAAGACAGCCAUGGAAUCGAUGGUCGAUGACGACGCGAUGGAGGCGUGAAUGUGGUUUGGCGUGGCGAGAGCUGAACGAUGCCCAAGGGUGGGGGUUCUAAAACCCCCCAGCUGGAGGACUUCCCACUCAGCACCGACAUGGUGGAGAAGCAGGGUGGGAAGAAGGAUAAAGAUAAAGGCUCGUCAAACAAGACUCCUAAAUUGGACCGCAGCGAUGGCGUCAAAGACAUGAAAGAGAAGGCUCCUAAGAGGAAGCUUCCCUUCACCGUCGGAGCCAAUGGAGACCAGAAAGAUUCAGACUCAGAGAAGCAAGGUCCGGAGCGGAAGCGCAUUAAAAAGGAGCCCACCAACACCAGGAAGCCAAGCUUGCCUUUCGGGAUGGGCAUGCCAGGAAUCCGGGCUGGGUACCCGCUGUCGGAGCGGCAGCAGGUGGCUCUUCUUAUGCAGAUGACGGCGGAGGAGUCAGUAAACAGUCCAGACACAACACCAAAGCAUCAGUCACAGUCGAAUCUGGGUCAGAAGGGAACACCAAACUCCGCCUCAAAAACCAAAGACAAAGUGAAUAAGCGGAACGAGAGGGGUGAAACGCGGCUGCACCGGGCAGCCAUCCGCGGCGAGGUACGCCGCAUCAAGGAGCUCAUCAACGAGGGAGCUGAUGUGAAUGUAAAAGACUUUGCAGGCUGGACCGCACUGCAUGAAGCAUGCAACAGGGGGUAUUAUGAAGUGGCCAAGCAGCUGCUGGCAGCCGGGGCCGAGGUCAAUACCAAGGGCCUGGACGAUGAUACGCCUCUACACGAUGCGUCCAACAAUGGCCACUUCAAAGUGGUAAAGUUACUUUUGCGGUAUGGAGGAGAUCCGUGUCAAAGCAACAGGAGGGGUGAAACACCAUUGAAGGUUGCAAACUCUCCAACCAUGCUUAAUUUGUUGCUUGGAAAAGGCACAUACACCUCUAGUGAGAGCUCGUCAGAAUCUUCGGAAGAGGAGGACGCUCCAUCCUUUGCCCCAUCUAGCUCUGUGGAUGGCAAUAACACAGAUUCAGAGUUUGAGAAGGGCUUAAAGCUGAAAGGGAAGCCCCUAGACCCGCCUAAAUCCACCACCACACCGGUUAAGGACGAAUACGAGUUUGAUGAGGAUGAUGAGGAGGAGCGCGUCCCACCUGUGGAUGACAAGCAUUUGCUUAAAAAAGACUUCCGCAAAGAUUCUGUCAGCAAGCCCAACAGUUUCAUCUCCAUACCCAAGAUGGAGGUUAAAACCUAUUCCAAAAGCAACUCACUUACACCAAAGAAGCCUGUGCGUCGGAUACUGUCAGAUAGCAACAGCUCAGACGAGGAUGAUCGGACGUUGUGUUUUACACCGACACCCACGCCAAGGCAAUCUGCUGCUCAGAGCAACACCAAGAGUAGAGACUCUAACACACUGUGCUCCAAGCAGCAGAAAGACAAAAACAAAGUCAAGAAGAAAAGGAAAAAGGAGACAAAAAAUAAUGUCAGUAAAGAGGUGCGCUUUGGCAAAGUAAACGACAAGUUCUGCACAUCAGACUCUGAGACCGGCGAUAUCGAGAGUGAGGACGAUAAGGGCUCAAUGCCAGUUUCGAACUGUGUAAAGGAUUCUUCAACUUUGAGCCUUAAAGAAUCUAGUGUAUUCAGCUCACUGUCUGUGUCUUCAUCCUCUUCUUCUCAUGGGAGUUUGGGCUCUCAGAAGCUUACGCCAUCUCUGGCAGAGCAGCACCCGAAACAGUGGAGGACAGAUGGUUGGAAGACCGUAUCCUCUCCACCUUGGUCUGAUGUCAGCUCCCUCUCAGACUCUGUCAGAACGAGGCUUUCCAGUGAGUCUGACUAUUCCUCUGCAGAUUCAAGCAUUGAAUCCGUAAAACAGGUGAAGAAGAAAGCGCAGGAAAAGAAGAAAAACAACACGCACGCCAGUGUGCUAGACAAAAAGAGCUCUGACUUUUAUAAAAACUCCAACGCUGAUGGAACUGUUUCUAAAACAGACAAAGAUGGAAAGAUAUUGAAAAAACACAAAGUAAAACAUAAACACAAAACUAAAGAAAAGGAGAAGGUGACAACUUUAGUUUUAAAUCAAGACAUGAAUGAAAAAUUUGUCAAAAGCAUUUCUUUUGACUUUGAUGAUUCACGGCAAGAGUCACCUUCUGAAAGUAAAGUUAAACUUUCCAAACACGAAAAAGAUCAUUUUAAGAAAGAGGACAGGCUGACAAAGGUUAAAGCUGAAGAUAAAGACUGGACAGGGAAAGAACUUCAGAGAGCAUCUAAAGAGGAGAAAUCUAAGAAAAUAAAGGAGUCCAACAAAGAUAGAGUAAGCAAAGACGAGAAGGACAAAUCUUUAAAAACUGAAAAGGACAAAGGCAUCAAGGACAAAGAAAAGCCAAAGGAGGAAAAACAAAAAUCACAUAAAGAGGAUAAAAAGAAAAAGUCCAAGGAUAAGUCUUUCAAAGCAGAAAAAAAGAGUGAGCAGAGGGAGGAGAAGCAUUUCAAGUCGGACAAAGACAAAACUGUAAAAGAGGAAAAGUCAAAAAAGGAUAAGACUCUAAAGGAAGAGCCAGAAUAUGAGGACUAUGAUAUGAAAAAUCCUUUUUUAGAAGACUCCAAGAUGAGUGCAUCAGAUCACGAUGGAUGGCCAUCAGAUCUUUCCUCCGACAGCUCGCUCUAUGAAGAUGACAGUUGGGAUGCCCCAAUGAAAGAAUAUAAAGCAAAUAACAAUCCUGUAAAACUCAUCGUUGAAACGAUGAAAGACGAAAGCAGGGACCGGAAGAAGGACAAUAAAGUUAAAGACAAGAAGUCAGAGCAUGGAGACAAGCGCUUUGAGAAAGACGUCACUUCCAAGAGGAAAGAGAAGGAAUCCUCUGACAAAGGAAGCGACAAGGGAAAUGAAAAGAAAAAAGACUGGAUUGACAAACAGAAGCUGAACUCCAGUCACUUGGACAAGGAGAAGAAACGAAAGGAAUCAGCUGAUGGGGUCAUCAAAAAGGAAAAGGAGUCUCUUGAGUGCAGCAGAGACAGGAAAGAUUCAUAUGAGUUCACCAAGGAGCGUAAAGACUCCAAAACCAAAACGGAAUGCUUGAGAGAUGAAUAUGGCAAUGAGGCCUUCUUUAAAUCAGAAAGUGAGACUACUCCUAAGUCAGACCCAAGGGAGAGGAACCAUUCAGGAAAAGAAAAGGAGAAGAAAGGUGAUGGCAUGGAGAAGAAAGACAAGGUAAAAGGCGAAAAGCACAAAGAUAAGCCUAAAGAUCGAAGUUUGGACCAGGAGAAACCCGAGAAAAACUCAGUUGACAGGUCUUUGAAAGAUAAAGACAUUGAAAGGAGUUCUAAAGACAAGAAAGAUGGGGCGAAAGAUAAAUACAAAGACUCUCACAGCAAGGAGAGGAAGAUGUCAUCUGAGCAAAGUAAAGACAAGAAAGAAAAAAUAUUCCAAGACAAACAUAGUGAAAGGGAAAAAGAUUUCCUUGAAUUUAAAAAGGAAGAAAAGAAGCCUGAAAAGAAGGAGAAGACCUGGUAUAAAAUUGAGGAUAUAUUCACAGAUGAGAGUGAAGAUGAGAUUGACAAUUACAACGGAGGGGUGGCAAAACUGAGUGAUUCCUUUGGACUAUUGGACUCUCACCGUAAAGAUUCCACACCUGAUAGAGAUGACAUAGAUAUCCUGUCAGAUAAGCACAGGAAGUAUUCUGGAGAGGGAAAACAACACAUUACAGAAAAUAAGAAAGAAAAGGAGCAUAAAGAUAAAAAGAAAGAGAAGACGUUUGAUGCAGGAAAAGAAAGAAAAAGCUCCAUGGAAAAACACAAAGAUAAAAAAGACAAAGAUUCAAUUGAUACAAAACACAAGGAGCGCAAAGACAGAGCAUCUGUGGACUCAAAUCAGGAAAAGAAAAUCAGACAAAAACCGACAGACAAGCGGGACCUCUCUGAGGAAAAAAGCAAAAGCAAAUACAAAGAUAAACCAGAUCAUCUGAAAGAUAGAAAACCUUCUAAGGGGAGUGGAGAGAAUGAGAAAUCCUUGCUUGAGAAGCUAGAAGAGGAGGCCAUGAAUGAUUACAAAGAUGAUUCCAAUGAUAAGAACAGCGAGAUCUCAUCAGACAGUUUCACAGACAGGGGUCAUGACCCUGUUUCAAGUAGUUUCUAUGACUCGUCAAAUAUUACCUUGCCAGAUAUGUCAGAGGAUCGAAGAGAGUCGCUGUCCAUUUCUAAUCCACAGGACAAAUUCAGAGAGAAAGAAAGACAUAGGCAUUCCUCUUCCUCAUCGUCCAAGAAGAGUCAUGACAAGGAUAAGGAGAAAGUCAAGAAAGAGAAAGCUGAUAAGAGGGACAAGUCAGAGGAGAUUAGAGAGUCCUUUGGGCGCAGAGAGAGCCUACCUGUUGAGAAAGAGCCCAUGCCCCUGGAAGCUGAUCCUUACACUUUUCCAUAUAGUUCUAAAGGUGAUGGCGAGGACGACUUGGACAAAACCUUGGAGUUUGAAAAGGAAAUGUCUAAAAAGGAUAAGACAAAUAGUGUCAUUACUAGUGAGAAGAUAAAAGACAAAAAGAAAAAAGAGAAACAUAAGGAGAAGGUAAAAGAGGAGAAGCAUAAAUAUUCAGAUGGCUUUGGUUCUUUUCGACAUACCAAAGAUGAGCAAAAAUCUGGACUGAAAGAAAGUCCACAGAUCACAAAUUUGAAAGAUAAGUCUAAAGAAGAUAGUCCAAAAUUCGAUGGCAAAAACAAGGACAGAAACAGGGACAUCGGAGAGAAAGAUAGAACAGAUUACAACAAGACCAAGGAUAAGCUCGGUGACGGCGACAAGCUGUGCCAGUCAAAAGACACUACCCGGAAAGACACUCGCCCACGUGAAAAGCUUCUGGUUGAUGGUGAUCUCAGACUAACAAGCUUUGGGAAAAUGCUUAGUUUAAAAGACCAGGAAAAUGAAGAGCGCCAUAAGAGACAUAAGGAGAAGAUGAAACAAAUGGAGAAGUUAAGGCAUAAAUCAGGAGAUCCAAAGCUUAAAGAGAAAAUCAAGUCUAGCGAGGAUCUAAAGAAGAACCGUAGUGAUCUCUCAUCUAAGAAGUCUGGCACAUUAGACUCUACUUUAAAAGAGAAGAAACUUAAAGAGGUGAGCCUUCCAUCCCAGAUGAUGUCCCCUGAUAGAAAAUCACAGCCACUGGACAGCCAAAACUCCAAAGACUGGCUAGCAGGUCACCAGAUAAAGGAAAAUCUUCCUGCCUCUCCACGACCUGAUCAGAACAGGCCAACAGGUGUCCCUGCUCCUGCAUCGGUGAUUUCAUGUCCAAGCUAUGAAGAAGUCAUGCAAACUCCUCGUACACCAUCCUGCAGUACAGAGGACUACCAAGAAAUCAUAUUUGAUGGACUAGACUGUCAGAAUUCUUCUGCAAUGACUAUGUCAAUGAAUGCCUGCUCGCCAACAUUCUUUGAUAGAUACACAUCCCAGAACUCAUCGCAUAGUUUCCCCGAAGGAACCUGCAUCACACCAGCGAAGAAUAUGCAAUUACCCCUUGAGAGUCGGUCAAUCACCUCUGAGGUCAGAAGACCUUUAGAAGAAGAGUUCAAAGCAGAAGCUGACAAGUUUCAUAGACAGCAAAACGCACCUCAAGAAUUUGAGUCUUCUGCCUCGCAUCUUAAUGAAGACAAAAUACCAAUGGAGAGACUUGAUAGUCUUUCAACUUCGUACCCCUCCCCUCAAAUUAACAUGUUGUCUCCGAGGCCAGACUUGACACAGCCUGUCCCCGAUAGAGGGUCUGCAGCCAGUUCUGGAAAUGAUGCCAAUGAACUCCCUCCAGAAAGCAUGUAUGGUUAUCUUAUGAAGCCCUCAACUCCAGUCCAUAGACCUGACCCUCAAUGUUUGGACAUAGCUGCUCCUUUAACACCAGCCCCUGCCGCUUUGCCUCCAUUGGAAAUUGAUGACUUGUCCGAACCACAUCAGAGUGAGCCCAGUUUGGUGCCGUCUGAUCCAGUGAGUGGCAAUGAAUAUUUACCCCCUGUCGUAGAGGAGCAGGAUGAAGAUGACGAUGAUGACGAUGAAAACGAAGAGGAGGAAGAGGAGGAAGAGGAAGAUAAUUCAGAGGAAACAGCUGAAACAGCUGAAACGCAGAUUGCUUCAGAUCACGCUAUGCAGCCUACAGAAGAUCCUACAUAUCCUCUUGGAUUACAAGAGUCUGUCAUGAAGACUUGGGCUGAAUCUCUGGAUCAUAGAGAGCCUGAAGUCCUUCCGCUGUCACCCGCUCACCCGGAAGAUAACAUCAUGGAAAACUCUUGUGACCAGGCUGUGGGAUGGAACUCCGAUGGUCUUAUGAAAUCACCCCAUGAAAGUUAUGGAGAGGUUGAAGCUGCAGUUUCAAAGAUCAGCAGUCCGUAUUCACACUCUGAUUGUGAACUACCACCCAUUCCUACUGCUAUACCAGUUCAUUCCAUGACACCGCCUUAUUCUACAUAUUCAAGGUCAUACUCGCACAUUUCAGAAAGUCAUUAUGAGGUACAGAAAGACAGUGUAGAGGACAUUUCGUCAUCUCCAAGACCCGAAGCAGAGCCUGUAGAAACAAACUUCAUGCCACCCUCCUCAACCAGACUAGAAACCUUCUUCACAGAUAUCAAACCGCAUGUUGAGGAGAAUCAAGUGGACAUUGAGCCGUCCUGUGUGGAACAAGAGAACAGAGAAGAGUCACUCAGUUACCCUCAGAGCAGUCUUGCCCAACCAGUAAACUGUGAGUCUCACUGGGCUGACCCCUUUCCUAACACAGUUGACGAACUAGAUGAUCUAAGUCCAUUCUCUUUGCCAGACCUUCCCUUCCCAGAAAAAGAGAUGCAUGAACCUGAAAUUACAGCAUCUGAGACAACAGACACCAAACAUUCUCCAGUCCCUGUAAGACCUUUAGAAACAAACAAAGAAUUAGGGGUGUUGGAUGUUGGAUUUCCCAAUUUGACCAAACCCCCGUGCUCACCUGCAGUUGUUUCUUUAUGCGAGUCUGCUCAGGAUUUGGAGCCACCUGCCCACCAGGAGAGUUUCAGACCUCAAAAUGAGCUUGAACCAGAACCGAAGGACAUUCAAGAUGUUCCAUCAAUAAAAGAAACAAUCCAGGAAGAUCUGCCCAUGUUUGAUGAUCAGGAUGAGGGUGAUGGCAACAUGUAUUCAAGUGUUGAUGGAGAGAAUGAGCAGGAAUAUAGGCAGAAAGACACAGCCUCUGAUUUGCUGACACCAACAACACCAUGUUUGGAACCACUUGCACAUUUAAAAUCAGAACACAUCAUAUCUAAUCCCGUGGUUGUCUUGAAUACCUCAUGCAACUCCUGCCCAGUGCAACCUCAUGCAACUCCUGCUCCAGUUUUGCCCGUCACGUCAUCUAGCCCCACCCAAAUAUCAGAAGCUGUGGAGACGACAGUCAAGCUUCCAGUUGCACCUGCAACAACUGAGGCUCCCAAAAAAGUAGAGGAGAUAGCUCCAAGGAUGACUCGCAAUCGAGCACAGAUGCUGGCCAACCAGAAUAAGCAGAGCACCGCAAUGAGUGUCUCAUCAUCAACAACCUCCCCUCCUGUUACCACAAGUAUCACCACUAUUUCUUCUUCCUCUCUUACCGCUGGAGAGAAGGAGAAAGAGAAGGACCCCAUCAGCACCAACAAUGCGCAGGCUUCAACUCCUGUUCUUCUCACCAAAACUAAAGGCCGUGCCGAGGAAGAGGAUGGCCAGACGCAACAUCCUCGCAAAAGGAAGUUCCAGAAAUCAGGCCAGCAACAAGUACAGGUUCAGCUGGUCAACACAGCAAUGCAGCAAACACGGGAGAUGAUACAGCAAACGUUAGCAGUUAUAGUUAACGCCAUCAAGCUAGAUGAAAUUGAGCCAUACCACAGCGAUCGCUCCAACCCUUACUUUGAGUACCUGCAGAUCCGCAAAAAGAUCGAAGAGAAGCGGAAAAUUCUUUGCUACAUAACACCACAAGCUCCCCAGUGCUAUGCAGAGUAUGUGACAUACACAGGCUCCUACCUGCUAGAUGGCAAACCACUGAGCAAACUGCAUAUCCCAGUGAUUGCGCCACCCCCAUCUUUGUCUGAGCCCUUGAAGGAGCUCUUCAGACAACAGGAGGCAGUAAGGGGGAAACUGCGACUGCAGCACAGCAUUGAAAGGGAAAAGCUGAUUGUGUCCUGUGAACAAGAGGUAUUGCGAGUUCACUGCAGAGCGGCCAGAACCAUUGCCAAUCAGGCUGUCCCGUUUAGUGCUUGCACUAUGCUUCUGGAUUCAGAAGUUUACAAUAUGCCAUCAGAGAGCCAGGGGGAUGAAAACAAGUCCGUAAGAGAUCGAUUUAACGCCCGGCAGUUUAUCUCUUGGAUUCAAGACGUGGACGAUAAAUACGACCGCAUGAAGACGUGCUUGCUGAUGCGGCAGCAGCAUGAGGCCGCUGCUCUCAACGCAGUGCAGAGGAUGGAGUGGCAACUCAAGGUGCAGGAGCUGGACCCUGCUGGACACAAAUCUCUGUGCGUCAACGAGGUUCCCUCCUUUUACGUGCCAAUGGUCGACGUCAACGACGACUUUGUACUAUUGCCCGCAUGACACGAACACACAGAGACGCAGAGAGCGCGGUCUAAAAUCCUCAUUUUUCAAAGAGACAUCAGACAGCAGGUUUGGUAAGGGCUAGCCGGUUUGAAAACGAAGAUUUCUUUGAGAAAAGUAUAUACAUAUAUAUUAUAUAGAAGAAGGUAAAAGAAAUAAAAACUAAAUGCUCCCCUUCAGUCAGAAGAGGGGAGCGCCUUUUUCCCGGGGGAAAAACACAACUUGCACUUUCAUCCUUAAAGGUUUUUAUGCUUUUGUUUUGGAGUUUAAGAAGCAACACUGUUUUGCUUUAAAGCUAGCCCGCCCUCUCCUGCCAGUUGAUUUGGGUGAAACUAAACGGGGAAGAGAAAAUUAUUAUUUUUCCUUUAUUUUUGUUCCCCUUUAAACUAAUUUGCAACAAAGGGGAAGGGCUGAGACAGGCUCCUCCACCUUCACCCUUCAAGAUCAGGGACAGAAGGCACCAAUGGUCUCCUCGAGUGUGCUGAACAGAAACAACAUGGUCCAACACUUCGAGGGUGAAGCCACAUAUUAAAGGAAAAAAACAAAAAACAAAAGGACAUAUAAGGUCGCAAGGUGAACGCUGAAACAUCCACGGCUACAGCGGAACAGCAUGCUGUUGGACUUGGAUCUCUCAUGACCACAGCUGAGGAGAGCAUGGCUCCCUGAUGCCCACAGCGCCCAGAGCACGGCAGUGUGGUGAGGUUCAGUGCCAGAGCAAGAGAGAGAAAUUCCUCCAGCACCAGGACAUCCCAUCUCAGACAUCAUGAUGAGACACAGGGUGUUCUCAGACGAAGGGGGGGAAAUAAGGAGCAGAGCAGAUUCACACAGCCUCUGAUGAUCCACUGCGAAAGCCAGGUCCGUCGUGCUGGCACUCUGCAAACAUCUGCAGAAAGAGAAGGAGGCGGAGGACAACUCGAGAAUCGCAGUGUUGCAAACCAAGAGGCAGAGACUUUUACAAAUGACGUUUUAGUGGAUUUAUUUUCUUUUCGGUCUUUUCUUUACUCGGGCAUUUCAUUGUUCCCUUUCUGAGGACGUGACUUGAAACACUACAGAGCCAAUGUUAGUUUAAUGGAGAAAAAAAAAACAUUAAAAAAAAAUCUGAAAAAAUAUUGUAUUCCGUAAAUGAUGUACAGUUUUUAUAUUCGUUAACCAAUGUAUUCUCGCUGCCUUCUAGAUAAUUUAUUUUGCCACCCAUUACUGCACAGUUGUAAAUAACUUAUGUACUGUAACAUCACACAGUUAAGUGUAAAAAAAUAAAAAAAAUAAAUGAAUAAAAUUAUCUUUGUAUGUACAGUUCACUUUUGGGCAGCACUUCCCCCAUCCCUUAACCACGGGCCAAAAUGUGUACACAUCGUCAGUAUUUUAAGGACCGUGUGUGUGUGUGUGUGUGUGUACGAGUCCUUAAGGUUCUGUCCAACGUCAGUCAAAUGUGUGCGUCUGCCGUCAUCAGACUUAAACGUAAUCCCUCAGAAAGAAACCGUCAGGGCCACAAACAUAGUUCUCAGAUGUAGCAGAGUGAUUAUGGAUUAUUUAAAUAAUAGUAGAGGUAUAUUAUUCAUUGCUUUAAUACACAAGUAUGUAUCUUAAAAAAAGAGAAAAAAGAAAAAAUAAACCGAGAAAAUGCCUUUUCACAGUAACAUUUUCUAAUUUCAUGUAAAGCUGCACACGUUAUAGCUACUGUAGGAAGAUCAGCAGCAGUGUGCCGAGCCGGUAUAUCUACAUAUAACGUGGUUCUUGAUAAACAUUAAAACGACCUUUAAACAAUCCAGUACACCGCUGAAUAUAUUACAUGUAACACCGAGGAUCCAUAAUUACUCGUCUUCUCUUUUCACCUUAUCCCUUCUUUUCUAGCAUGUAUCAUCAUUGACACAACUGCAAAGUUUUAUUUUCUUUCCUGUGCAAGUGAUGAUGAGUAGCUCUUUGUGUAGUUCAACGGUCACAAGUGAUCAUGUUAUACUUGUUAUUCUUUUUUCUUUUUUUCUUUAUAAUCUGCAGUCUAAAAAAGGAUGGCACCAGAAUACAUUUGUGUUUCUUCAACUCUGUUGUGAAGGAUUUUUUUUUUCCCUUCAGAAAUAAUUACAGGAGCCUUAGCAUUUAGGCAUUUUAAUGAAAAUGUGGACUUGUAAGGUCACGCUUAAAAACAAAAUGGUUGCACUCCAUUUAAUUGUUUUUUUAUUUUUUGGUGGGCUCUUGGACUGUUUCCAUAGUUACUGUCCUCGUGAAUGACCCUCACGUUUGCCCCUCUUUGCAGUGCAUGUUGCAGAUUUCACCUGUUAAGUUUUGUUUUUUGUUUUUUUUCUGUUUCAAUCAUCUACAAAGCACAAUCACACAGCAUUUGAAUAGCUGCAUUGACAGAGGGGAUUAGUGCAAAAGUGUUUUAAAUCGUCCUGUUUUACAAAAGAUCUUUCAAUUAUUCUCUUUUUGUUUGUAUGUUGUUGUUUUUUUAUCCUGAUUUUAAACAAACAUGUUUUUGAUAUUUUAUCAUUCAUCAUCAGCUGCCUGUACUUCAGUUCACCAUGGGGUUGUGUGAUUUUGCUCAAUCAUCCAGGCUUGUGUUUGUGGGUGUUUUUUUUUUAUAUAUUUUUGAUUUUGUGUGCGUGUGUAUGUUUAGAAAAUACCACAUGAAGCAGUUUUUGUAUGUUCAAUCAUAGUUAAUUAGGCACACAGACCAUGUGUGUGGGGAAAAAAAACGUUUUUAUUUAAAACUGGUUCAAUUUUAGUGCUUGUGCAUUCAUUACCUUUUGUCCAUAUGACAUUAAUUAGGCAAGAAAUUCAAACCAAAAAUGCUUGAUGUUUGUGUGUAUGAUUUUUGUGUUAACUUCCCCUCUCAACACAUUGACGUUCAUCCGUAUGGUUUAAAGGAGCAGAAUGUAUUCCAUUAAUGUCCCUGCGAAUCUCAUUAUUGUUUACAAACCCAUUGUGUACGUGUGUUCUAGUUUCGUCUUCAGCCCUGCUCUUUUUUUUUUUUCUUUUCCUUCUGCCGUUCGUUGUUCAACAGGAGGCUUGAAAUUGUGACGUUGGUUUUAUGUAGCAGUUCUGCAUCCUUGUCUCAUGAAUCCUGCUUGUUUUUAUUUAUCAUGCUUUGACAAAUCCGUAUCCUAGAAACUGAAUUUCCUUUCUCUGAGCGAAGCACUUCCUCCCACUGACCUCCAUAACACGUAAUUACCUCUGUGAUUUGAGUUCGCCCGGGUAUCUCUUUUAACCUCACACGUUUACACGCUUACCGGUCACAAUUUCAAGCCUUUAUUUAAUUUCUUUUUUUUAUUAUUAUUAUUCCUUUUCAAUAUGCAUAAAUCUGACAGUAGAUGUUUCUUGGGAAAUGAUUCAUAAAGCAUGUAGAGCUAUUCUUAAAUGGUAAGAAAUAAUCUAUUUAUUAUCUUUUUAUUUUUUGUUCUUUUUAUUUUAUUUAUUUUUUCCUGACACCUGUGGUAUGUUUGAGUUGGAGGUCUCCGCUGUGUAAAUUUUCCUUUUGUAAUGAGUAAAGAACCGAGAUGUUGUACAUAAAGCUGUAUAUAAUCUCCCAGGAUCUUUUGCACCUUUCUCUUUGUACUAGUCUGAUCUUGCAUAGAAUGUGGGGUUCUAACAGCAAUGAGACGCUGCAGGUGAUGUAACAAAGUCACUUUUUUUCCCCCCUUUUCUUUUUUUUCUUCUUUUCUUUCCUUUUUUUUUUUUGUACAAUGUAGUUGAAUUGUGUACAUAUUGUUGGAGCAGCUAUGGGAGGGAGGGGUUUGUCGAUGCUAUCGUCAGUGCUGUCAGAGACCCAGUACUUUCACCUCUAGCUGUGUCGAUAUCCUGCAAUUCAAACGCGAGAAACUAAAAAUGAAAAAAAUGGAAAAAAAAAUGUUAAUGGAGUAAAAAAUUCAAAAUUGUUAUUUUCUACAGUUGCAUGUACAGAGAGCGCGAGAACUGCUGUUGUUCCUCAGAGAUUAUGUUCGUAAAUAAAUUUUUGAAAUAUGA